AUGUUCUCAAAUCAAGCUCAUAUAACCAAUUUGAUUCAACCAUUUCUUCAAUUUAUUCUUUUUGGUUUACAAUAUUUAAGAUAUCAACAAUUACAAUCUAAAUCAGAAGAGCUUUAUAAAAUAUUAACUCAUGAUGAUCUAAUUUACACUGAAAUUAAAGAAAGAUAUUUAUCAAUUCCUAUCUCCAUUUAUGUUUUUUAUAAAAAAACUUUUGAAAAUGAAACCAUUUCAAAAAAAAUCAAACAAUUACCUUUUUUACAAGAAAAAGAUAAAAUCAUCUUUAUCUUUUAUUCGCAAAAUAAUUCAUACUACUAUUAUGAUAUUGAUGAUAAUAAAACUGAAAAUUUUAUAAAGCAAUAUAAAAUGAUUGAAUAUUAUAUUCAAAAAUAUAUGAAAGCUUUUUUCAAAAAAGCAGAAGAAAAUAGAAUUAAAAUCGAUUUUAAGAAUAAAUCUUCAAUUCAAUAUUAUAUCAAAUCUUAUCGAUCUAAAGAAUUGAAAACCAAGACAACUAGCAGCACUAUUACCAGAAAAAAAAUUAAUAUUGGUAUCGAUAUCGAUGAUGAAUAUUAUAUCGUGUCUGAUAAUUCUGAUAACAUUGAGUAUGAUAUUAAAGAAAAAGAAAUUGAUUUAUUAAAAAAAGAAUCUGAAAAUUUUAUUAAUAAUUGGAAACAUAAAGAAAAUGUUAUUGAAAAACCCAAAGAAAAUAUUAACAAUGAAAAAACAAAAAUAAAUGAUGACAUUAAUGAAGAUGGUCUGAAAUAUAAAUAUGAUGAAACUAAUUUUGAAGAUUUUGAUUUAUUACUUAAAGAAGAUAAAUUUUCAACAUAA